AUGGUAUUAAGCACAAUUCCACGAACGCUUUGUUCUACAGCAGCACCAACGAAUAUCGUCUAUUGGUCGCUCAGUGGCGAUACAUUCAGUAUGUUUAAUAGUUUGUACAAUGCCCAAACUGUAAAUAAUCCAGUUUAUUCAUCUGGCUACAGUUUUCCCAUAGCUUUGUUAUUGAGUAAAGCCGCUCAGCAAUACGUAAUUGCACCAUCAAUUGAUGUUUUUUCAUCAGACUUUACAGUUGAAGUAUGGAUUAAUUUACAAACUGUUAAUACAGCUGGUUAUAUGAGUAUAAUGGGUCAGUGUCUAAACCCAAUGAACUGUAUGUACAUUGGUAUUCUAAAUAGUUCUGUGUUCAUGUCGUGGGGUGGUGUUAAAAGUGUAACUGGAAAUACAAGUUUGUCAACAAAUCAAUGGUAUCAUAUUGCUUAUGGUAGUCAGCAAUUACUUUAUUUAAAUGGUAGACUCGAUGGGCAAGGAACAACAACUGGUACUACUCUCAGUACUUCUGGUGGUAAUAUAACCAUUGGUACAACACAAGAUCAAAAUCAAAAUCAAACGUAUUUUAACGGUAAAAUCGGACAGGUCUUAAUAAGUAGACGUUUAAAAACACCGGAGGAAAUACUUGAAGAUGCAACAUUAGUUGCCCAUUAUUCAUUUGGUUGCAAUGGGGACUUGUAUUAUCAACAAGACAGUGGACCAAAUUAUAUGGAUGGCGCAGGCUCUGACGCUUUAGCGACAACUGCAAAUAGCAUCCAAAAUAACAGUCUUCUGUUUAAUUUGUCCACAGCCUAUUUUCAAAUAUCAAAUUUAGUUGCCUUUGGUCAGACAAAUCAACCAUUUUCAAUCUUACUGUGGUUAUACCCAUUUGCUGUCACAGGUGGGACAAUUAUACACGCUUCCUCGUAUUCAGCUGGAACAGGGUUUUGUGUACCGUAUAUGGGACUAAGUAGUACUGGAAAUAUCGUCGUUCAGUUAUGGAAUCGUAAUGCCGUCAGUGUCAUAGGACCGAUUUUACCAAGUAAUACUUGGACACACAUUGCUCAAACGUUUUCUCCAUCAAAUGGACUUCGGUUGUAUGUUAACGCUACGCUAACCGGGCAUAACAGUAUUUCAUCAUAUACAACAAAUAACAGUCCAUUCUUCUUUACACUUGGUAAUUCAAGAGCAGGCACAACUUGUGGAACUGGUGGUGUAGUUCAAAUACGCCCGUAUACCGGUCAAAUGGAUGAAGUCUACUUGUACACCGAAGUGUUAACAAGUGAUAAAAUUAAAGACUUAGCCGGAAUCCCGCAGGGUGAGAAACGCUAA